AUGCCCCGGUCAGCCGUCUCGCCGGCGCGCAGCCGUUCGCCCGCCGCUGGCAAGUCGCCCGCGCGAUCGAAAUCGCCCGCCCGCUCAAAGUCACCCGCCCGGCCCGCCACGCCCGCCAAGUCCGAGAAGAAGGCCGACGGCGAGAAGAAGGCCGACGAGCUCGCCGCAGCUGAUUCCGUUGAGCCCAGUGGUGCCAAGGCCGCAGCCAAGACGACGAGCGCGGCGGGGAAGUCGCCAAAGGCGGAGAAGCCGCUCAAGCCAGCGGCACCGAAGCCGGCCAAGAGCGCCAACAUCGUGUUUGUGCUCUCUGCGCUCGCGGUGCUCGUGGCACUCGCUUGGGUCGUGCUCGUCCCGGCCGGCGGCAAGGCCAAGAAGCCAAAGGCCAUCAAGGCGGCCCUCCGCGCAGCGCGCUGCGCCGCCCGAGAGGGCGAGGAGGCCUCUCAUCGUCGGUUCUCCCGCCCGCAGGCGCCGUUUGCCUCGGAGAAGGCGUUUGACGGGCAGUCGGUCCGGGCAAAGGGCUUCCAAGGGCGCGAGAGCCGGCCAACCGCGCCGCCGCCGCCGCCGCCGCCGCCGCCCUCGCCGCUUUCCGCCGUGGCCUCCCGGGAGGCUGAUCCUGCGCGCGCCCUCUCGCGCUCCGCAGGCAAGCUCAAGGUUGCGCAGGUCGAUUGCUCCAAGCACGCCGACGUCUGCACCGACUUUGGAGUCGCUGGAGACAGCGAGGACGCGAGCGGGUACCCAACCUUGCUCUGGUUCCGGGCGGGCGAGCUGCAGGCGAGGAGAAGCUCCGCCACCCACGCCCGCCCGCGCGGAGCGUACGACGGCGAGAGGACAACGCAAGGCCUCGAGGAGUGGGCGAUAACCAAGGAGGCGGAGGGGGCGCUCACGCAGUAGCUCUCUGGGCGGCGUCUUCCAGGUAGCCGCGUCGGCAGGCGUCCCGCUGCGGCAACGUGGCCCCAGGACGGGGGAGGAGAGCUGCAGUCUCCCAAGGGGCCUGAGCAAACCCGAUGAGAGACCCGAAUCCCGACUCGCGAUUGGUUAUGCCGCCGGUGUUCACAGUUCAAUUAUACAGUGUAUUGCGGCGCGGCGAGGCGGCGGUGCCCAGUGCUUUAGUUACUUAUUUAUAACGCUGGGACGAAAUACAUUCG